AUGUCAAGCAAACUCGAAACAAGACACGAGAAACAGUCUAAACCAGAGGGCAUUACUACCGCCGCUAUUGCCUCGGAAAGAACAGCUGAAGUUCCCUCAUCAGAGCAACCACAGCAGUCCUCUCAACCCGUGGAAGAAGACAGGAAUAGCUGGAAUGGCUCCAACGACCCAUACAACCCAUACAAAUGGCCGCCCCUCCGCAAGAUAUCGAUCUCGGUCAUCGUGUCAUUCGGGCAGCUGGUGACGCUCAUGUCUACGUCCAUGAUGGCGGCAGCCCUAGGCCGUCUCAGCCACGACCUGGGAAUUGACGAGUCCAUAACCCAAGUUACCUUCUCCAUCUUCAUCCUCGGCCUCGCCUUUGCGCCGUUUCCCAUCGCGUCUUUCUCGGAGAUGUACGGGCGUAAGCCAGUUUGGCUCUUUUGCAACGCCUUCUACGUGCUUUGGAACGCCCUCUGCCCGGUCGGCCGCUCGCCGGUGAUAAUGGUUGUCAGCAGAUUCCUGGCCGGCUCGGGUGCGAGCGUAGGCAUCACGGUAGAUGCGACUUGGAAACUCGGCUAA